UAUAGCUGAUAGAUUUCUGGCGUUAUUUUAAUGUAAUUUCAACGUAUUAUAGCGCAUAAUCAGAGGUUCCGAGCAGCUGGCGGACAGCAAGAGGGUAUUCAGCUAUGAAAGGACCGACGGUUGCUAAAGAAGUUCGAGAUAUAGCAGAGCGUCUAAAGAUCGUUAAAAAAAAAAGGGAAAAUGAUUGGCUCGAUCGGGCUCUUGAAGAACUUUCGAAUGCAUCCCCUGCAAAACAAUGCGCCAUCGGAGCUGUCGUAGGCACAGUGAACGGUUUCGUGUGCGGCCGAGUGGGCAAAAAUGCAGCCCUUGUCAUCAGCGGCAGUUUCAUUUUGCUUCAGCUUGCAGCACACAUGGGCUAUGUCAAGAUUAACUGGAGAGCAGUUGAACGGGACUUAGCCGAGGCAAAACGAGAACUCAGUCGACGUCCCCAAGGCUUUAUCAGACCAGUUCUGGGGGAGGUAAAGGACUUCUUACAAGAAAACAUGUACCUCGGAGGUGGAUUUAUCGGCGGAUUUGUUAUUGGUCUAGUCACUGCCUAAGGGUUAUCCAGACGAGCCUAGAAUUGUGACUGCUGCCCAAACGUUUUGCAGAAUCCGUGUUCCAAGUAGUCUACCAAUUGGCUAUGAGCAAAAAGUACACGAACUUCUAUAUCAAAGAAGGGCAAAAAGAUUAUAUUAUUAUUAGAAGUCGGGCAUGUCUGUGCUUUCUAUUUCAAAUAUGCCUUUUCUCCAAAAUGCAUUACAGAUGUCUUUUAAGAUAUUAUUAAUAAGCGUAGUUUGAAGAAGAAACAAAGAAGCGUCCAUUCGAAUAUUGUUUGGUCUGAGAAGUGUACCUGGCUAAUGUUAAUACACGAGCGGUUCUGGUUAACGAGAUAAUCAGUGAGGCAAAUGACAGCCCAGCUCAGUAAGGUGUGUCGGGACAAAUGCGCAACGAUACUUAUACCUACGAUGAACUGCGCAGGAAAGGAAUACAGAGCACCAAACCAAUCAUUUGAGUUAAUUUUACUUGAAAAUGCUGAACAUCAUCGUCACAUUUUCCUUUAAGCUGAUUGAAUAGUUUAUGUUUUUGCUAAUAUUUCAUUCAACAAGGAUUUAGAGCCCUUGUAUAUGUAAUAGAUUAUAUUCGCGCACGGUAACUAUCCAUGUAUCACUGUUAUAUGGUUCGUUUUUUGCGCAUUAGCUUAGUUUCAGUUACGCUAAACACUUGUUUCAGGAAUUCAGUGUAAAAAUAUUUACUUCGCAUUGUAGUACGAUGCGGUUUAGCUAACCAAUUUUAGCUAAGUUCUGAAGGUCACGGUUUUUGCAUAUGAUAUUGCAAGGUACAAAAAUUAUUUCCAUAUGUACAGCUCUUAAAUUGUUGUAAUAGAUCCUCAAUAUUAUUACAGAUCGUUUAGGUUUUGCUGUAGUUUAUAAAGAGUAGUAGGUGGACCAUAGGGCAGGUAUCCAUCUAGAGUUUCUUUGUACGCGUCUUAUUUAGCAAUUGUCGCUCAGUCGUUUCAACGAUUUCGUAGAUAGUAGCUCUUCGUCCUAAUGAGCAGGUGUGACUGAAUAAAGCAACUCAAAGUUGAAUGUCUCGAGGUA